GCAGCUUUUUAUUGUCGACUGAGAGGAGCUGCUGUAAUGGCGGUGUCUCGUCGCUCCUCGCAGCAGCAAAGCACCAUACAGUCUCCGCCGAGAAACAGCUCUCUCUCGGCCGCUCCGGGCUCUCCUCCGCCGAUGGCCCUGAUCGUUCCCCCGGAGAGUGAGAGGGAAUGCGCCGGUGGAAUCGACGUCGCUCCGGCCUCCCCGGACCUCCUCGUCCCGGUGCUACCGAGCAGUGCGAGCUUCUCCACGACAACAACCUCCGGAGGCAGUGGCAGCAGCGUCUCCAGCCCCGGAUCCGGAGCCUCCAGCCCGGCGGACGGCAGCAGCGGAGGGGCCUUCAGGGAGCUGUUCGAGGCCUGUCGGAACGGAGACGUUUCCCGGGUGAAGAGACUGGUGGACUCGGUGAAUGUAAACGCGAAGGACAUGGCUGGUCGAAAAUCAACCCCGCUCCACUUCGCUGCGGGUUUUGGCAGAAAGGAUGUGGUGGAGCACCUCCUGCAGACGGGCGCCAAUGUUCACGCCAGGGAUGAUGGCGGACUUAUCCCCCUGCAUAACGCCUGCUCUUUCGGCCACGCAGAGGUUGUCAGCCUCCUCUUGUGUCAGGGAGCAGACCCCAACGCCAGAGAUAACUGGAACUACACCCCGUUACACGAGGCUGCCAUCAAGGGAAAGAUAGACGUCUGCAUUGUGUUACUCCAGCAUGGCGCAGAUCCAAACAUCCGCAACACUGACGGGAAAUCUGCUCUGGAUCUCGCCGACCCUUCAGCCAAGGCUGUUCUCACCGGUGAAUACAAGAAGGAUGAACUUCUGGAAGCAGCAAGGAGUGGAAAUGAAGAAAAGCUGAUGGCACUGCUGACUCCAUUAAAUGUGAACUGCCAUGCCAGCGAUGGACGCAAGUCAACAUCCCAGAAAAUGCUGUCCACGCCGCUGCACCUGGCCGCCGGAUACAACCGCGUCCGCAUCGUCCAGCUCCUCCUGCAGCACGGGGCCGAUGUUCACGCCAAGGACAAGGGUGGCCUGGUUCCUCUUCACAACGCCUGCUCCUACGGCCACUUUGAGGUCACCGAGCUCCUGCUUAAACACGGCGCCUGUGUGAACGCGAUGGACCUGUGGCAGUUCACUCCUCUCCACGAGGCGGCCUCGAAGAACAGAGUGGAGGUCUGUUCGCUGCUCCUGAGCCACGGGGCCGACCCCACGCUGCUCAACUGCCACAGCAAGAGCGCCGUGGACAUGGCCCCCACCCCCGAGCUGAAAGAAAGACUCUCCUACGAGUUCAAAGGUCACUCGCUGCUGCAGGCGGCCCGGGAGGCGGACAUGGCCAAAGUGAAGAAGACUCUGGCUCUGGAGAUCAUCAGCUUCAAACACCCUCAGACCAACGAGACCGCGCUGCACUGUGCCGUGGCCUCCCCUCACCCCAAGAGGAAGCAGGUGACUGAGCUGUUGCUGCGUAAAGGAGCCAACAUCAACGAGAAGAACAAAGACUUCAUGACUCCGCUGCACGUUGCCGCUGAGAGAGCUCACAACGACAUCCUGGAGGUGCUGCAGAAACACGGAGCGAAGGUGAACGCGGUGGACACACUCGGCCAGACGUCUCUCCACAGAGCGGCGCUCGCCGGUCACAUCCAGACCUGCAAGCUGCUGCUGAGCUUCGGGGCCGACGCCUCCAUCGUGUCUCUGCAGGGCUUCACCGCCUCGCAGAUGGGCAACGAGGCCGUGCAGCAGAUCCUCAACG